AGUUGGGCACCUGCCUGCCUGUGGCUGAUCCCAGUUCAAUCCCUGGAAUCCCAGAGGGUGCCCUGAGUCCUGCCAGGAGUGAUUCCUGAAUACAGAGCCAGGAGAAACCCCUACUCACCACUCGGCAUGGCCCCGAAACAAAAACUUAGCAGUGGAGACCCAACCCAUCCGGAACAACGUUCUGGCCCAGCUCCCGCGUGCGCCAUGUCUGGUUCCUCCAGUGUCGCCGCUAUGAAGAAAGUGGUGCAGCAGCUCCGGCUGGAGGCCGGGCUCAACCGCGUGAAGGUUUCCCAGGCCGCUGCAGAUUUGAAACAGUUCUGUCUGCAGAAUGCUCAGCAGGCCCCCCGGCUGACUGGAGUGUCUUCAAGUAUGAAUCCCUUCAGACCCCAGAAAGUUUGUUCCUUUUUGUAGAUAAAAUCUUUGGAAGGUUUCCCCGUUUUCAUGAAGCAGAAUAUUCACCGGAAUUAAAUUUGAAGCCUGUACAGAAGCUUACCCAUAACGUGUGCUGUACUAAAAACUUAAACUUUUCUGCUUUAACAUCUACCUCUGAAUUUUCAUGAAUUUCUAUUUCAGAAGGGUAAUUAUUUUAUAUACAGCAGCAUACA